AUGCUGCGGCGCUGGCGGGCGGUUUCCGCCGUCCCCGCGGGCCGCGGGCGCUGGGCGGGCUGCAUGGCGAAGAGCAAGUUCGAGUAUGUGCGGGACUUCGAGGCGGACGACACCUGUCUGCCCAACUGCUGGAUAGUGGUCCGGCUGGACGGCCGCAACUUCCACAGGUUUUCUGAGCAGCAUGAGUUCAAAAAGCCAAAUGAUGACCGUGCUCUUCAUCUGAUGACCAAGUGUGCCCAGACAGUGAUGCAAGAACUGGAAGAUAUUGCUCUUGCUUAUGGACAGAGCGAUGAGUACAGUUUUGUUUUCAAAAAGAAGAGUAAAUGGUUUAAAAGAAGAGCAAGUAAGUUCAUGACUCACGUGGUCUCCCAGUUUGCCUCAAGCUACGUCUUCUAUUGGAAGGAUUACUUUAAGGACCAGCAGCUUCUGUACCCACCAGGAUUUGAUGGCCGAAUUGUGUUGUAUCCCAGCAACCAAAAUUUAAAGGACUACCUCAGCUGGAGACAAGCAGAUUGCCAUAUUAAUAACCUUUAUAAUACAGUGUUUUGGAUGCUUGUACAGCGAAGUGGUUUGACACCAGGGCAAGCACAGGACAGGCUCCAGGGAACUUUGGCUGGAGAUAAGAAUGAAAUCUUAUUUUCUGAAUUCAAUAUCAACUACAACAAUGAACCUUUGAUGUAUAGAAAAGGAACAGUCUUAAUAUGGCAGAAGAUGAAUGAAGUCAUGACUAAGAAAAUUAAACUGCCAAAGGAAGGAGAAGAAAAGGAAGUUGAAGUGACCCGGACUAGGACUAAAGUUGUUCCCCUGCACUGUGACAUUAUUGGAGACCAAUUCUGGGAGGAAUAUCCUGAGAUCCUGGCUGAGGGCAGUUGAUGUCUCUGAUGAAUAUAACCAGUAGUUUGCGUUUGCCUCUGCUUGGGUUGUUGGCAAGUGAGGAGUGAGUGGUGGCUGAGGAGAAUUUAACCUGAAACCCUGUUCAGCAGUUGCAUUAGGUCUAGCACUGUUGUUGCCUGAAAAAAAGACCCAGGUAUUUUGUUUAACCUAUGAGGAUAUGCCCAUUUGGAAAACCUAGUAUAUUAUAUUUUAAAUGUUAAGAACUCAUUGUAAAUUAAGACUGUUCCUUCCUUGUAUGGGCAUAUUUGUAGAAAAAGUGUAUAGAAAUUUCAUCCAUUUCUAUAGCAUUUAAACCAGGAGGUAUUUUACUGAACUGCUAAACUAUAAAAAAGCUUGUAUAUUUGAACAAUUAAAAGCAGAGAAGAUAAUGCUUUUGAGUUUCAAUGUUUCAACUGAGGUGGACCAGGGUACAUCAACUGGCAUUUAGUAUUAAAUUUCAAGGCCAGUGUGUUCAGUCAGAUUAGUGAGAAACUGUUCAGCUGCCUCAUGUCUCCGAUUCUUACAGAAAGGAAAUGAAGUAGCCCAGAAGUUUCCUAUCACUGAUUUUAAAAGCUUUUGUCAAAUGAACAGGAUUUUUAUACUUUUGAAAAAAUAAUAAAUAAAAUUUCCCUGCUGUGUUUA